CUCAACUUCUGGACCUUUGUCACUAUAAACCAGACACAACAUACAGACCCUCAUUUACUCAGCUUUUCGUUGCUGCUUUAGUUUCAUUUUCCUGAGUGAGGAGAGAAAUGAAACUUAUGAGGAAGAGGAGGGAGAGCGGAGAAUAGAGCGGUAUAUAAGGGGCCGGAGAGGAGGACCGCAGCACAGCACAACAUCUGUUGCUUUUACAAUGACUUUUGGAGCAGGAUGUACGAGGAUGGCUAUGUAGAUAUACAACUGCUGGAACAUGAAGACCCUCAGCAAGAUGUCUGCACGGCUCAGCCCCCCACUAAGUGUUUGUCAUAUUCCUCAGGAAAGUUUAAAAAUGGCGCGGUCGGACUCUGCAAUAUCGGGGUGACGAGCUGCCUGAACCCGCUGCUCCAGACGCUGUACAUGUACAAAGACUUCACCGAUAUACUGUGCCGUAUCGGGGCACCAGAUGACAACCUGCUCAUAGGGAAGCGGCUGCCGUAUGAGCUCUUGGCCCUGUUUGAGGAGAUGCAGAGAACUGAAGAAGACGCCGUCCCCCCAUAUCAGGUCCUGCGCUGCCUCCAGAUGCUCAAAGUGAACUUAUUCCCUCAGACGGAUGUGGCCGACGUCUUUUCCUCCUUCUGGAAUCAUCUUCUUGAGAACAUGCCGGAGCCUCACCUGGAGGAGGCGCUGAGGUCACUGUAUUCUAUCUCCCUGGAGGAACGUUUCACGUGUGAGAGAUGUCAUCACCAGAGCACCGCCCACCGCGACCUCUUAUCCCUGCCGCUGAGCAUACCUUAUUCCAAAUAUCACAGGAAGCUGACACUGGGGCGAGCGCUCUGGAAAUAUUUCCGCUUUCAGGAUUUAUACGAAGAUGAAAAGUUCUGCCCGAAGUGUGGAAAAAACGGCUGGGUGAGCAAGAUCACUCGCCUCUGCUCUCCGCCGCGCACGCUCACCAUUAACCUGAAGCGUCUGUGUAAGACAAAUUCCCAGCUCCGGAAGGUGAACAGAACGGUGUCCUUCCCUCCGGUUCUAGAUCUGCUCCAGAUCCUCAGCCCGGAACAGCUCCCGGAGGACGAGCGGCAAACGACGCACUUUACCUAUCGCCUGGUCGCGGUCAUCGCGCACUCCGGGACGGCCACUUUCGGUCACUUUAGUUGCUACAUUAAGAGCAGCAGGGACGGGCAGUGGUAUUUGUUCAAUGACUCGUGUGUGUGUAAGGUGUCCUGGGACGAUGUGCAAUGUACAUAUGGAAACAUGGCCUUCCAGUGGGGGGCUACAGCCAGCCUGCUCAUCUAUGUCCAUUCAGACGUGGAGCUGGACACCGCUGCGUCAGGCCCGGGAUCUCCGCUGUAAUGUGAAUUAUCUACCUGUAUAUCCGCAGUCACAUGGUAUCCAGAGUCACAUGGUACACACCCCGGGUGAUAUGAGCCAAUUCGGCGAACUCCAAUCCAUCCCCGCCAUGUACAACAGUCAAGAUGGCACCUGCUGCAGAGCAUUGUGGGAGAUGUGUUUCUAUACCAUUCAGCGCUACAUCUCCCAUUCACCAGCAGGGGGCAGCACUGACACCCCCAGAGAUCUUACAUGGAACCGCUAAGGAUUUGGGGAAACAUCUGAAACUGAGCCGUAGACUUUGGUUUUGCACAAUUCUCUAAAACAGUGUCUUCCCAACCAGUCUGCCUCUAGCUGUUGCAAAACUACAACUCCCAGCAUGCCCGGACAGCCUUCGGCUGUCCGGGCAUGCUGGGAGUUGUAGUUUUGCAACAGCUGGAGGCACCCAGAUACUGGUCUAAGCCAAAGCUAAGGACAAUCCUCCAGCCAUGGUUUCCCUUAAGGUUUCCUCCACUGUUUUUUUCCCCCUCUCUCCUAAGUGCUGGAGGCUGUCCGGGCAUGCUGGGAGUUGUAGUUUUGCAACAGCUGGAGGCACCCUGGUUGGGAAAUACUGCUCUAUGCCCAAGCUAAGGGCAAUCCUCCAGCCAUGGUUUCCUUAAAGGUUUCCUCCACUGGGGGUUUUUCCCCUCUCCUAAUCUCAGAAAGCUGUCCGGGCAUGCUGGGAGUUGUAGUUUUGCAACAGCUCUACACCCAAGCUAAGAGCAAUCCUUCAGCCAUGUUUUCCCUUAAAGGGGUACACCAGUGGAAAACCUUUUUAUUUAUUUUUUAUUUUUAUUUUUUCAAAUGAACUGGUAUCAGAAAGUUAAACAGAUUUGUAAAUUACUUCUAUUAAAAAAAAAUCUUAAUCCUUCCAGUACUUAUCAGCUGCUGUAUGUUCCACAGGAAGUUGUAUUUCUUUCUGGAGUUCUUUCCAGUCUGACCACAGUUGACCUCAGUGCUCUCUGCUGACACCUCUGUCCAUGUCAGGAACUGUCCAGAGUACAAGCAA